UAUGAUGCUUGAUGCCCCAUAUAUACCAGAACGCUUUUGGGUAGAUGCUCUCCAAUAUGCCACAGAUCUUACAAAUCGGCUCCCUACAUCUACCAUCUUAUACAAUUCCCAAAUUCCUGGGGGGGUGAAUAUCAACAAGGACAUACACCCCAGCCCUUAUCGCGCUCCGUUGGCAGCGUGGACUAAUUCAUCCAUUUCUUCACUCCCCGGAUAUCGCCGUUGGGGGUGUCCAGCCUGGGUCCAUCGGCAUGGACCAGAUAAACCUGGAAAUAAGCUUGAUUCACGUUCUCACUGCUGUUUCCUCAUUGGCCAAAUUAGUAGCCAUCAAUAUCGUGUUUGGGACCCUAAAACUGACACCGUCUUUGUCACCAAUGAUGUUAUAUUUGAUGAGGAUUACAAAGAUCCUACAACUACCACUCCCAAAGGUCCCAGCACCCCUACCGAAGAAAACCCAACUCAAUUAGUUGAAGAUGAACCUCUCAAUGACCAAGAUAUAUGGCUCCGACCUGCCAAAGGCAUGUCCCUAGCUUACUUUGCCACUUCAACCAUUCCUUCAUCAGAAGACAACACGCCUACUUCUUAUAAGCAGGCCAUAUCCCAUCCUGAUGCUGCUAAAUGGCAAGCUGCCAUGCAAAAGGAAGUCAACCAACUCAAAGAGAAAGGCUGCUGGCAACUCAUUCGCCGUUCUGACCUACCACCAGGGGCCAAAGUCAUCCCUGGCCGGUGGGUAUACAAAAAGAAAGAAAUCCCCGGCAUACCUAUCUCAGAGGAUUAUCAGGCUAAAGCCCGCUGGGUCAUUCGUGGCAAUCUACUUGAUAAAGACUUCAUGGAAUCCUACGCACCAGUGGUAAAUGAAAAUACUACCAGAACCCUCACGGCACUGGCCACCCUGCUUGGCUGGCAUACCCGAAAAGCUGAUGCCACCCUUGCUUUCCUAAAUGGGAAAAUGCCCACGGACAAACGUGUCUUUAUGACCCAAGUUCAGGGAUUCAAAGAAGGUUCUGGAGAUCUUGUCUGUGAACUCCUUCAAUCCCUCUAUGGAUUGGUCCCAUCUGCCCGCAUCUGGUAUGAUACUCUGGGUGCUUUUCUACGCCAAAUCAGCUUCAAAUGCUCUGAAUAUGACUCUGGUCUAUGGAUCCACACUACCCGGACCCAACUCUAUGUGACCACCCAUGUGGAUGACUUCAAAGUCUAUGCUAAACAUGAAAAUGAUGCCAUCUGGUUUAUGGAGACUCUCUCCGCCAAAUUUGACAUAAAAGAAGUUGGAAACUCUACCAAAUACCUUGGCAUGACCAUCUCCCAGUCUGAGACUUCAUCUUCUUUAUCUCAAGCCGACUACACUGAAGAUGUUGUUGCCUCUUUUGGUCAAGCCCAAGCACAUCCUGUUAGGAUUCCAAUGGAUCCUAGCCUAAUAAUUGAUGAUGAACCAGACCCUACAGUCAACACCAAAGAAUAUCAACGUGGUGUAGGCUGCCUUACCUGGCUAGCCACCAAAACCCGGCCAGAUCUUAGCCAGACGGUUGGCAUACUAUCCCAAUAUAACGCCAAACCCACCCAAAAAGCAUGGCGUGCCCUUAUACACGCCAUACGCUAUCUUAAAGGCUCCAUCAAUCGGCAAAUUACCUAUCAUAAACCCACGGAGUCCAUUACAUCUGACCUCCUCAUGCCAAAAUGUUAUACCGACUCUGAUUGGGGUGGCCAACUGACAGGCAACCGCCGGUCAGUUUCUGGAUACAUCUUUCUGCUUGCCGGAGCCCCAAUUGCCUGGAAAAGCCGCAAGCAAACAUCCGUUGCCCUUAGCUCCAACGAAGCUGAGUAUAUGGCUCUAAGCGAAGCCAGCCGUGAUGCCCUCUGGCUCCGGAAUCUCAUCAACGAGCUUAAUGUGCUCCCAACUGAAUGCCCACCAAUAUCUCUUCAUAUCGAUAAUCAAGGUGCCCACGCCAUGGCUGAAGCCGAGCUCACCACCAAGAGAUCCAAACACAUUGACAUACGCUACCAUUACGUUCGGGAGAAGGUCCGAGACGGCAUUGUUAAACUUCAGACCUGCCCUACCAAAGAACAGGCAGCAGAUGGCCUGACAAAACCUCUCCAAACUGAACGAUUCAAUCAUUUCCUGGAACUCACCGGCAUACAUUAAGCGGCGCUUGUUCCCCCAUUUUGGUUAUACUUUCUAUUCUGAUUUACGGCUUCUGAUUGGCCAAAGCGGAACCUCUCACUUCUCUGCUUAAUUUUGCUUUUACUCUCUCAUUUGGAGGCCUGAAUAGAGGCCGAUUUUUGUAUUUAAAUUCUUUAGAUUAGUCUUUAGGCCAGCUCGUGCGUGGGGGGGUGUUGGAUCACGUGGGAUUCUGCCGCAUAGGUCCGCCCUCGCUGACCCUUUUCACCACGUAGGCCUAUCUAGCUAGUAACCAAC